UCUGUGUUGGUGUUUACGUUUGACGAGGGUCUGCGUGCCCUGCGCUGCAGAGCUCACAGGGGAGGGGGGGGGGCAACAGAAAAAGACAGCCGGUGUGUUUGAGAGACGCAGGAAAAAAAGUUAAGAAAGCGAGAGUGGAGGGCCAACAGGCAUGCCAGUCAAGACCGUCACUUUUGGAGCAGAUGCUGGCAACAGUUUUCUCCGAGCGGCCCGGUCUGGCAACCUGGACAAGGCCCUGGACCAUAUCAAAAAUGGCAUCGAUAUCAAUACAGCCAAUCAGAACGGGCUGAACGGGCUGCAUCUGGCCUCCAAAGAAGGCCACGUUAAAAUGGUGCUGGAGCUACUCCACAAUGGCAUCGUACUGGAGACCACCACGAAGAAAGGGAACACGGCCCUGCACAUUGCAGCCCUGGCGGGGCAGGAGCAGGUGGUCACAGAGCUGGUUAACUACGGGGCCAAUGUAAACGCUCAGUCUCAGAAGGGUUUCACUCCACUCUACAUGGCUGCACAAGAAAACCAUCUAGAGGUUGUGAAGUUUCUUCUGGAGAACGGAGCCAAUCAAAGCAUUCCAACUGAGGACGGAUUCACUCCUCUCGCGGUGGCUCUUCAGCAGGGACACGAGAACGUCGUAGCCUUGCUCAUCAACUAUGGCACCAAAGGGAAGGUCCGCCUCCCCGCGCUGCACAUCGCUGCACGCAACGACGACACACGCACAGCCGCGGUGCUUCUGCAGAAUGACCCCAAUCCUGACGUACUCAGCAAGACUGGAUUCACACCCCUCCAUAUUGCUGCACACUAUGAAAACUUGAACGUAGCUCAGCUGCUGCUCAAUAGAGGAGCCAAUGUCAACUUCACCCCAAAGAACGGUAUCACUCCUCUGCACAUUGCAGCCAGACGGGGUAAUGUGAUCAUGGUCCGACUUCUGCUGGACAGAGGGGCUCAGAUAGACGCCAAGACCAAGGACGAGCUGACUCCUCUGCACUGUGCGGCCAGAAACGGCCAUGUCAGGAUUAUAGAGAUCCUGCUGGACCACGGGGCCCCCAUCCAGGCCAAAACCAAGAAUGGCCUGUCUCCAAUCCACAUGUCAGCACAGGGCGACCACAUGGACUGCGUCAAGCAGCUUCUGCAGUACAACGCGGAGAUUGAUGAUAUCACAAUGGACCAUCUUACCCCUCUGCAUGUGGCAGCGCACUGCGGCCACCACCGCAUGGCCAAAGUUCUGUUGGACAAAGGGGGCAAACCCAACUCUCGGGCACUGAAUGGUUUUACUCCUCUGCACAUCGCUUGUAAAAAGAACCACAUGCGUGUGAUGGAUCUGCUGCUUAAACACUCUGCAUCUAUAGAGGCUGUGACUGAGUCGGGCCUGACUCCCUUACAUGUGGCUUCAUUCAUGGGGCAUCUCAACAUUGUGAAGAUCCUGCUGCAGAAAGGAGCUUCUCCUAGCGCCUCCAAUGUGAAAGUGGAGACUCCUCUCCAUAUGGCGUCUCGGGCAGGACACCUUGAAGUGGCAGAGUUCUUACUGCAGAACGCAUCACCUGUAGACGCGAAGGCAAAGGAUGAUCAAACCCCUCUGCAUUGUGCUGCUCGUAUGGGCCACAAGGAGCUGGUGAAGCUGCUGCUGGAGCAGAAAGCCAACCCUAACUCCACCACCACAGCAGGCCACUCGCCCCUACACAUCGCCUCCCGGGAAGGUCAUGUUCAAACUGUACGCAUCCUCCUGGACAUGGAGGCCCAGCAGACCAAGAUGACCAAGAAAGGCUUUACUCCGCUCCAUGUGGCCUCAAAGUACGGCAAGGUGGACGUAGCAGAGCUGUUGUUGGAGAGAGGAGCUAACCCUAAUGCUUCUGGGAAGAAUGGUUUGACUCCGCUGCAUGUUGCCGUGCAUCACAACAACCUGGAUGUUGUUAACUUGCUUGUUAGCAAAGGAGGGUCCCCACAUAGUGCAGCCAGGAAUGGCUACACUGCCCUCCACAUAGCAUCCAAGCAGAACCAGGUGGAGGUGGCUAACAGCCUGCUGCAGUAUGGAGCUUCAGCCAAUGCUGAGUCACUGCAGGGGGUCACUCCUCUCCACCUGGCCUCGCAGGAAGGAAGGCCCGACAUGGUCUCCCUCCUCAUCGCCAAACAGGCCAACGUCAACCUUGGAAACAAGAGCGGAUUAACCCCACUGCAUCUGGUCGCUCAGGAGGGUCAUGUUGGCAUUGCAGAUAUCUUGGUGAAGCAAGCUUCAGUAUACGCAGCCACGAGGAUGGGUUACACCCCCCUCCAUGUAGCGUGUCACUAUGGCAACAUUAAGAUGGUGAAGUUCCUCCUGCAGCAACAGGCCAACGUCAACAGCAAAACAAGGCUCGGCUACACUCCUCUGCACCAGGCGGCCCAGCAGGGACACACUGACAUCGUGACACUGCUGCUGAAGCACGGCGCUCAGCCCAACGAGACGACAACUAAUGGUACUUCAGCCUUGGCCAUCGCUAAGAGGUUGGGCUACAUCUCUGUGAUCGACGUCCUAAAGCUCGUCACUGAGGAGACGGUGUCCAUGACGACCACAGAGAAACAUCGCAUGAGUUUUCCAGAAACAGUGGAUGAGAUCUUGGACGUGUCUGAGGAUGAAGGGAUUGCACAGCUAACAUUAGGAGAGGAGCUCUUGGGGACCGAAGGGGCCAGGUACAUGAAGAUGGAUGACAUGAAAGACCAUGAUGACGAUUUCCUCUCCCCCAAGAAAUCACUGGAGUACGAGAGAGGGCUGGGCACAGCGAAUUACUCGCCAGCCAUUCCAAGGAUCCCCCGAGUUUCUCCCGAGACCGUCAUCCUGAAGGAACACGAGAUGGAUCAGCAACACACUCCUCUUCCACUGCCCAAAGAGUAUGACGAUGACUCGCUGAUUCCCAGCAGCCCUGCGACUGAGACCUCAGACAACGUCAGCCCAGUCGCCAGUCCCAUACACACGGGGUUCCUGGUCAGUUUCAUGGUAGAUGCUCGUGGCGGCUCAAUGCGAGGCAGCAGGCAUAACGGUCUGCGUGUCAUCAUACCUCCACGGACCUGUGCGGCACCCACCCGCAUCACCUGCCGCCUGGUGAAGCCGCAGAAGCUGACCAGCCCCCCUCCGCUAGUGGAGGGAGAGGGGCUGGCCAGCAGGAUCAUCUCCCUGGGUCCAGCAGGAAUGCAGUUUCUGGGGCCGGUUAUCGUGGAGAUCCCUCACUUUGCCGCUCUCGGUCGAGGUGACCGGGAGCUUGUGGUGCUGAGGAGCGAGAACGGCUCAGUCUGGAAAGAACAUCGCAAUCGCUACGGCGACGAGGUGCUAGAAACAAUCCUCAACGGGAUGGAUGAGGAGUUGGAAAGUCAAGAGGAGCUCGGGAAGAAGAGAAUCCGUCGCAUCAUCUCCACCGACUUCCCCCUUUACUUUGCCGUCGUGUCACGAGUCCAGCAGGAGAGCGACCUGAUUGGACCAGAGGGCGGCUCGCUGACAAGUAAACUGGUGCCGUUGGUCCAGGCCACGUUUCCCGAGACGGCAGUCACCAAACGAGUCCGCCUGGGGCUGCAGGCUCAGCCAGUUCCAGAUGAGCUGGUUGCUAAGCUGCUGGGUAACCAGGCUAACUUUAGCCCCGUGGUCACCGUGGAGCCUCGACGGCGCAAGUUCCACCGGCCCAUCGGGCUGCGUAUACCUCCCCCGUCCUGGAAGGAGAGUCCCCGAGACUCUGGAGAGGGUGACACCACCAGUCUGCGCCUGCUCUGCUCUGUCAUAGGAGGCACUGCUCCGGCCCAAUGGGAAGACAUCACCGGCACCACCAAGCUCGCCUAUGCCAACGACUGUGCCAGCUUCACAACCAAUGUCUCGGCACGGUUCUGGCUCGCAGACUGUCCUCGGACAGCCGAGGCCGUCUCCUUUGCCAACCUGCUCUACAGGGAGCUGUCGGCCGUUCCCUACAUGGCCAAGUUUGUGGUGUUUGCGAAGAUGAAUGAGGUGCGUGAGGGCCGCCUGCGCUGCUACUGCAUGACCGACGAUAAGAUGGAUAAGACCCUGGAACAACAUGAGAACUUCACCGAGGUGGCUCGCAGCAGAGACAUAGAGGUGAUGGAGGGAAUGCCGCUUCACCUGGAGUGUUCAGGGAAUCUAGUGCCGGUCAGAAAGGCUACCCAGCAGCCUCGCUGCUUCAGCUUCCAGGCCUUCAGAGAUAACCGACUCCCUGUCUCUGUUAAGGUAAGAGACAGCAGUAAAGAGCACACUGGAUUUCUGUCUUUCCUGCGCAAGUCCACAAAGUACGAGGACAGCCAACAUGUGCUCUGCAACCUCAACAUCACCAUGCCUCCAUGUAUCAAGGUCAUCGGGAGUGAAGACCGGAGAAGAACUCUGACUCCGCUGGCUUUAAGAGAAAGAUACAGCGCCCUAAAUGAACCUGCCAUGGCCUCGAUGAGUGCCAUGGAGAGGACGGAGCUGAAGAUGGCUGUGAUUGCAGAGCAGUUGGGACUGAGCUGGGCCGAGUUAGCCCGAGAGCUGCAGCUCAGCGUGGACGACAUCAAUAAGAUCCGAGUGGAGAAUCCCAACUCGCUGCUGGAGCAGAGCUCUGCGCUGCUCAACCUGUGGGCCACUCGCGAGGGCAAGAGGGCCAAGAUGGAAAGCUUGUACGCAGCUCUGAAGAGCAUCGACCGUAUGGACAUCGUCAACAUGUUGGAGGGCCAGCCGCCUCAGCCCGCGAGACAAGGGUCCCGCGACCUCAGCAGACGCCGACACAACGAGAGAGAACACCUCUCCCCUGGUAUGACCAAUGGUUAUGGGCUCGCGCAGGAUGAGCUUCUCUCUCCGGCCUCCAUGCAGUACAGCCUGCCCUCCCCGCUCGGCGCUGAGCCUUACUGGCAGGAAGUCUCCAGCCUGGACUGUGCGCCCAUCGCCACCACAGAGGAAGAUACCCUCAUGGAGAUGUCUGACGUGCAGGUGUGGCCCUCUGGCAACAGCCCCUCCCUGGUGCCCGUGGAGGACUCCUCUCUGGAGUGCAGCAACGCCGACGACUCAGAAGGUCUGCUGGGGCUGCCGUAUGGAAGUCUGGGACGACCGGCGAGUCAGGCCAGCGCCGCGAGCCCGGGUGGAGGGGUGCUGAGCGGCUCCAUUGAGCUUCCUGAAGACGAUUCAGAGAUGGGCGUUGACUCGCUCAGCACUGCCACGCCGGCCUCGCUCGGGGGUACCAUCGCUGGGAUGAAUCUUAACGGGCUGAACAAUGGUCAGGGGUCAGAGGCGAGUUCGGAGGUCUCGGCGUUCACCAGCGCGACUGGUGGAGACGGAGCUGGAGGAGGAGGAAGAGGAGGAGGAAUGACGGGCUCAGUGGAAGGGCUUUCUCUUGUUGCAGGACAGCAAAGGGUGUAUGCUCGGCUGAGUGAGUCACCUGGUCUGAGCUGUGUCGCAGAUCGAAACGGAGACAGGUCAGGUAACGGUGGGAAUGGAGGUGGUGGAGGCUCUUUCCUUUCUUACCUGCAGGAACAGACAGGUCCAGGCUGGAUCCCUGUCACCGACCCCACUCAGGCCUGGGUGGGCAAUCAGCCCAAAGCCAGGCAGGCCAUGGACACUAUGAUGUCAUCAGUGUGUAACGCUGUGGACGGAGACCAGUCCCACAUGUCCCAGGAGGCCUUGCUUCAGCCUGUGAGGGACAUGGGGCACUCUGAGAUCUUACGGGGGCACUUCAGAGGUACCCAGCCGUUUGAGAAGGGUUUGGGGUUCCCCCACCGGGUGCCAGAGCUGAGGGCCUGGGACGAAGUGCGCCUGAAGGGACAGGGCGAUGAGGUUGAAGAUCUUCCCGGAGAGCAAGUAAGCGAGGAACAAUUCACGGACGAACACGGAAACAUCGUCACAAAAAAGAUUGUGCGUAAGGUUGUGCGCAGAGGGAAGGGUUCAGGUGAGGAGGGGGUUCAGGAGGUGAGCGUGGAGGGUUCUCUGCAGGACGCCAACGACCUGGAGGUUGACGCUGAGCAGUUCAUAAACUACGCCAUCCUGGGCCGGGACAGCAGCAAGAGUUCUCCACAAGAUUCAACCCCUUCACCAAAUCCAUCGUACAUGGACACAUGACCAGCAGCAGCUGUCAGGAGGAAGAAGAACACACACAAAGAGGCAGACAGACAGGAAUGAAGGGGCGAGAGACACCACGGUCGACUCUGCCGACUUAUCAGCACGCACCGGGAAAGAGAAGGACACAGAAUAACCUGUAGUUUUUAUUACCUUUUUUUUUUUUUUUUUUAAAGAAACCGUGGGGGAAAAAAAAACAUCUAAUACUAGGCUAGAAGCAUGAUUUCAUAUAAAAAAAGAAAAACCAAACACAAACAAAAAAAAACUAGCAACCAAAACGUGCUUCCUGUUAUCUGUAUCAGCAUGAGUGACUGCUGCCGCAUGGCCUGUCUUUAACUACAAAUACUGAGGGAAUAAGGGGGGGGGGGGGGGAUGGGGGGGUACACUGCUGUGUGGGACAGGCAUGCAAUACGGGCUGUGGUCAAUCACACGCCCUGUUUUCUAAACAAAGCGGGGGGACGUCUAUCAGUCAAAAAAAAAAAGAGGAGACAUAAACAUGAGCGUUACAUCAUCUCUAGGCAACAGGUUUCCCUCCUCCUCCCCACGACAAACUCGUCCAGCUAAGAGCAUCGCAAACUCGUUUUAAAAACCUGUCAAAGUCCAGUGAAGCUACAAGUAUCACCCAAGGAUAUCGGUGUUGUACAUAAUAUCGUAUGCACUAAAAAUGCUCGACGUGACUGUGUGUUGUUUUCUGUUCUAUGCGAUUCCACUGAUGCUGCUGUUUCAGGUACAUAAGAGUUCCCCUCCCUGUUUUUUCUUCCUUUUUUGGUUCGUUUGGUCUGAGCUUAUAUAUUAUUAUUCUAUAUAUCUUGAGAUCUCUGUGGGUACAAGAACAUACAAAUGUUGUGUCGCGCUGCCUGUUUUUUAAAACGUCCAAUCUCUGUGUGUCAGGUCGUUUGUUUCUUUGUGCUUUUCAUGUGCUUCCACUUUUUUUUUGUUGCUUUUGACAUGUUGAACUGUCGAGGGAGGACUUACUGUCUGUCGGUCGUUUACUGCACUGUGGGGUUUUUUUGAGCCUUGGGAGGCGGGUUUCUGCACCGAACCUGCCUCCCCCGACCUUCCCUCAGAGUAGUUUUGCCUUCAUGGUGACACAUGAGAGAAGGACCUACUCUACCAUCCCCACUCCUCUGCCUUCUCUCGUCCCCCGGCGUGCAGGCGUGGCGUUAAUCAGAUGUCUGUCUGAACAAAAAAAAAUCCAAACACCUGUCUUCACUCUCAAACUCGCCCUUAUCGCCCCCCCUCUCGCCCCUCUCAGAGUAGAUGUAGCAGUCCUGGUUACCCCCCAGCAGGUGGCAGGAUCUCACCUUCAGCAGCUUCUGAUUGACCUCAUCGUGCAGUUUUAUGACAACCCCCCUCUCCCCCCCCCAUGAGGUGCACUUAUACGAUGCCAUCUCACCACCCCCUAGAAGACGUCACUUGAAGCGGGGGGGAAAUGUAGCUAGUAACAAAAUGUAGCCCUGGUUUUGAUUGGGUGGAAAGAUGGAGGAUCGAGCCGGAGAGAGGAGAUGUGUGUGUGUGUGUGUGACGCCGUUGGGUCGAGGAACGUGUUGAGCGUUUGAUGUUUGUCUCCUUGGUAACGCGCUUAAGGAGGUGUAGCAAAGAAAGUCAGUCGCCAAUCACUGUGAAGAGAAACUGUAAUACUGACCCGCAACUGUGAGCCCGACCCCUUCCAGAAGCGAGAUUCACUCUUUGCUUUAUGUCCUCUGUUUUGUUUUCAUGUCUUUUAAAUGUUCCUCAGAAGAAGCAAUAACUGCUUACAAGUACACAAGGAAAGGAUGCUUUGUGUGAGUGUGUGAGAACGUUUCAAGGCUACUCCUGACUCCACUCCAAAUGAUGUCAGCACAUUAGUAAUCCCUCAUCUGAUCACUUUGUGAAAUAACAGUAUGAAGCUGUAAGAGUGGGCUGAUCUCCGUGUGACUUUAUACCAGCCACCCCGUCUGCAAAGUGCCCAGUCUGGUUUUUGUUACUCAUCGAGGAAUGUAGGUGUGUUAAGUCUUAGUUUUUCAAUCUAAUUUAAAAUCAUAUGCACCUUGAAGAAAUCCAACUGUGUGUGUGUGUGUGUGUGUGUGUGUGUGUGUGUGUGUGUGUGUGUCCUGGAUAUGCACACGUGUCAAGCUCGUCACAUGACAUGACGUCGAAAACGGACUCAGAUCACACAUCUGAAAUCUUAUUCACUUACUUUUUAAAGUUGAUUUACCUCAAUGCGUGUGCCAUCAUCAUCAUCAUCAUCAUCAUCAUCAUCACAUGACAUCACGUGCAUACAUGCGUUUAUUUCAAACUUCAUGUACGACAUUGAAUGAUUUCUCAUAUGUAAGUCACACACAGCAAAACGUUGCAAUAACCGCUCAUCAGUAAGUGUUUGUUUCGUCCGGCUCCGCAGCCAGAUGAAGAUGAAUGUACGGUUCCUGGUAUUCUCUUUAAGUCUUGUUAUGAAGUAGUCAUCUGUGUUGACCUCGUACUUUAGUAGAUGUUAGGAUAUUCACUUCAACUCAAUAUCUGCUGUGUUGAGCGUCGUCUUUCAUUACAAAUCAUGUGAGAGGAGACGUUUCCAGAGAGAAGUAUCCCUACCUACACCAGAUAUAUGAUUUCUAUUUUAUUAUAUUUUUUUAAUAACUACUAACAGUAGGAUGUCAAUAGAGAUUACACAGCAGUGUGAUGUUAUAUUACCCCGUGUGUUAGAGCAUACCGUGUGCUCACUUAGAGCUCAUGAUUAUUGUAUGCUUUGGGUAGAUUUUUGAAGCAGAGGCUGUUUAUAAAAGUCCACUGCUGAUGUCAGGGUUGGAAGCGAAAGGGGGGGGAGAGGGGGGGUCUGAUGAAAAGACUCUGAUGGAUUAUUAUGAGAAGGCUUGGUGGCUCUGAUGACUAGUCUUUCAAGAUGACAAGCAUUUUCCCUCAACACAACUAAACCCCCCUUUAAUUUCCCCCACCCCUUUUACCAAAAAAUAAGAGCGAGCCGGUUCUAAGGCUUCCACGUGGUGACGGUUUGAGCGGCGGUUUUAAAGGAGGAGUCCGGUUAAGUGCACGCGAGAGGGAGAUGUGGUUUCAACCCCGAGGAAAAUUCAGCUUCUGCCCUGAGGGACGAGCGAGACGAUGCCAUGCACCAAGUUCAUGCAAAAAUAUUAACUGUUGCAAAAACUAGAGAACACAUGUAUAUUCCUUUAGAAUGGAUUGAAGACAUUAUUAACGCAAUAGCAUAUUACUCAAUACUAAGGAAUGCAACUGCGCACAUGCACAGAAAAUGUUUUUAACAUAAAAGGCUAUAUAUAUAUGAAAUAUAUAAAAAAAAUAUAUAUAUAUUUACUUAGAAUGCUAUGCACCCUUACUUGUCAACUGGGAUUCUAGUUAUGUUAUGGAUGUACUUUUAGCAUCAUAAAGCUGUAGCUACCAAGAGACUGUUGAGUUCUGGGUAAUGCCUGCGACCUGGGGAUAAAUAGGGGUCUUGUGGGUAUUUUAACCUUUUUUUUUUGUUUGCUUUUUUAUUGUUAUGGAGAGUCAAACAUGAAUUUAAAAUAUAAAUGUAAAAGCCUUUUAAUCCAAUCGAAUCGGAAGGACAUCUAUUGACAAUAUUCUCUGUACACCAGCUCAACAUUUACAAAAUUAAUAAAGAAAUGAAAUGUC